AUGACACUAGAUAAGGCCCUUUGUGAUCUUGGAGCCAGUAUCAACUUGAUGUCCUUGUCUAUGAUGAGGAAGCUUGCUAUAGAAGAACUCAAGCCUACCAGGAUGUCACUAGUCAUGGCUGACAGAUCAAUCAAAACGCCCAACGGAAUUGUGGAAAAUCUGCUAGUGAAGGUUGGGGAGUUUAUUUUCCCUGCGGAUUUUGUAAUUUUGGACACCGAAGAGGAAGGAAACAACUCAAUCAUCUUGGGAAGACCAUUUUUAGCAACCGCAAGAGCUAUAAUCGAUGUGGAAAAAGGGGAAAUGACCUUCAGAGUACACAAUGAGCAAAUGGUCAUAAAUGUCUUCAAGUCAAUGCAGCACCCACCCCCUCCCCCCCCGAACAAGAAGACUACUUAA